UUUACCAUAAACAAAAAUAAUAGCAAUAGCUAUUAUUAUUUUGUUUUAAAUAAAUUAAUAUUAUCACUUGCCACUUACAAAAAGUUGUAAUUUGUAUUAUUUGUAAGAAUUUUCGUUUCUAAGACCUUUUAAGUGUGCAGAUACAACCUACACGAAUUAUUUCAAAAUGAGUAUCAUGGACUAUAAUGGCGGGGCCUUAAUUGGCAUGAAAGGCAAGGACUGUGUUGCUAUUGCAACUGAUAAGCGAUUUGGUAUACAAGCCCAAACAGUCUCGCUUGAUUUCACAAAAGUUUUUCAAAUAAAUCCUCACACUUAUAUGGGAUUUCCUGGCUUAGCUACGGAUAUAUUUACCGUGUAUGAGAAAAUAAUGUUCAGAAAAAGGUUAUACGAGUUAAAAGAAAAUCGAAAAAUAUCUCCUAAAGCACUAGCAUCUCUGGUCUCCAAUUUGUUGUAUGAAAACAGGUUUUCACCAUUCUUUGUCGAGCCAAUGAUUGUUGCUUUAGAUGAAGUGACAUUAGAACCGUAUAUGUGUGAUAUGGAUUUAAUUGGAUGUGUUAACAAGUCAGAUAACUUUGUGGUUGGAGGUACUAGUUCUAACCAAUUAUAUGGUCUCUGCGAAGCUCUUUGGGAGCCUGAUAUGGAAGAAGAUCAACUAUUUGAAACUAUCUCUCAAGCUUUGGUUAGUGCUUGCAACCGGGAUGCUAUUUCUGGUUGGGGUGCUAAGGUUUACAUUAUCAAAAAAGACAAGAUAAUUGUGCGUGAUAUCAAGACACGAAUGGAUUAGAUGUUGGAACACACAACAAUUACAACUACUUAUAUUUUUUUUGUAAAAUUAUUAUUAUUAAGAAAAACUAAAUGUAUAAUAAAAUAAAGUCAUUUUAUUUUGUAA